GUUACUUAUGACUUCUUACUUCUUAACGUUCCCUCCCAUGCUUGAGAGUGUUUCUAUCUUCUUGUCAUUCAAUUGAUCGCAUACUCUCGUUCCUCCCACCCCCUCUCCCUCCUCUUCCUCUUCUCUCCUCUUCUUCUCCCCUCAUCUUCACUCUCAUCCUUAUCCUCUCAUCUUGCGGGCGGGUCCUGCACAUUCCGCCUUUUCCCCAGCGCUGGAUGCAUGAUGCGCCCCAAGCCGGCGUCUUCCCUCCAGAAGACCUACGAUGACUGCUACCUGAUGUGCUCCACUGCCGUCUACUUUGAAGGCCAGCAAAAUGAAGAGGAAGCCUUGAGAUCUUGGCGCUCCGCCCUGGAAACGAUCUACUAUCACAACGCUUAUCGUGUCCCCUCCAAGUACACUCCCAAAAACGAGACCGAACGUGCCCUUCAAGAGUCCAUCCGCCAGCUCGAGCUUCAAUGCCGCGAGCGGGUCGAUCUCCUGCAGGCCCUCCGCGAAAGCAGAAAGGAUUCCGCCGGUCGAUCGCCUCCUCGAACCACACCGGGCUGGAUUGGUGACGGCACCGUCCCCGCGGUCGGAUAUACCGAUCUCUCUAAACCCCCCACUAUCCCCGGUCGCCCGCCCCCGUCCACCACCGUCAGCUCCGACUCCAUUAGGAGCGAUCUUCUACCCAGCGCCGCGGCUUCGUCCCGGCCCAUCCCCAUCCCCAUCCCCGCUCAGCGCACCCAGUCGCAUUCCUCGGGCAAAACGGACUCCCGCACCCCUAGUCCCGAGCGCCGGAAGAUCAUGCCGUUCACCCUGCGUACUAGUGAUUUCAAAAAAUUGGGCAAGAAGAAAGACACCUCCCGACGGAGAGAGCUGCGGCCGGCCGCAGCUUCUCAGGCCGCUGGGCUGGCCUGGGGGAGUAUCUACAACACUCCCUCUUCGCCCGACAAGACCGCCAGCGAUGCUGCUCUCGCGUCCUCCCGCCAGAGCACCUCCAAUGACCCCAGCUUUCGAAGGGAGCCGGCACCCCUUCGCGCCCAUUCUGGAGAUGGGCAUGUCCCGCGGAAAGCAUCGAAUCCACCAACAGACGAUCCCGAUAGCCGUCGCACCGGACGAAAGCCCCGCGUGUCGGAUCAGCCUGUCCGGCGGUCGCCUGCGAAGAAGUCGGCAUCGAGCACUCCUUCGACGACACCGACAGUCUCCGCGUCUCGCACCCCAACUGCGGAGAGUCAGUUGCGGUCGUCUGCUCGUUCGCAGUCCGCCUCCGCAGGACCUGAUGCGAAAGACGCCGUUCGUUCGCAGCCUCCGCCGAAGCCAUCUGUUAAGCCCAAGCCGGUAGCAUUGAGGUCGGCCAAUCCAACUUCAUCUUCCCCCCGACGGUCUGUUGAACCCACGGAGCGCUUAAGUCGGCCACCGACUAAGUCAACAUCGCGUCCCCGCCUCGCCCCCACAUCAUCUACAGAGGAUGCAUUGGUUCCAGGUUUAGAUCGUAUGGCGUUAUCAGGCAACAGUCCGGUCCGACCAACACCACAGCUCAAGCGGACCAUAACGCCACCGUCGAGUGAUCCGGAAUCGCUGGGCCCUAAGUCUACCGAGCCAGAGGAGGAAGAUGCUGGAGAAGACGAGGACGAUAUGUAUUUGGAUAUAUUGAACAGGCUUCCCAAGGGGGUAGACGUCACUGCUGCUCGACAGAUCCUGAACGAUAUAGUAGUCCGCGGCGACGAAGUUCAUUGGGACGAUAUAGCAGGUCUAGAUGGCGCCAAAAAGGCGCUGAAAGAAGCCGUUGUCUACCCAUUCCUCCGACCGGAUCUCUUCUCCGGACUACGGGAGCCUGCCCGUGGUAUGCUUCUCUUCGGGCCUCCAGGAACGGGCAAGACGAUGCUGGCGCGCGCAGUCGCUACGGAAUCCAAGUCGACUUUCUUCUCCGUCUCCGCAUCGACACUGACUUCCAAAUGGCAUGGUGAGAGCGAGAAGCUCGUACGUGCUCUCUUCGGACUCGCCAAGGCCCUUGCACCAUCCAUCAUCUUCGUCGACGAGAUCGAUUCGUUGCUCUCCGCCCGGUCAUCAGGAACCGAGAACGAAGCCUCCCGGCGUUCGAAGACGGAAUUUCUCAUCCAAUGGUCUGACCUGCAGCGUGCAGCAGCCGGUCGCGAGCAAAAGGACAAGAAAAUCGGUGACGCCAGCCGCGUGCUCGUCCUCGCGGCCACAAACAUGCCCUGGGAUAUUGACGAAGCUGCGCGUCGUCGAUUCGUGCGUCGACAAUACAUCCCUCUCCCGGAGCAUGACGUUCGCGAACAACAACUACGGAAAUUACUCAGUCACCAAAUCCAUGAACUUUCCGACGAGGAUAUUGAAGUUCUGGUUCAAGUUACCGAAGGUUUCUCAGGCUCCGACAUGACCGCCCUCGCCAAAGACGCAGCCAUGGGUCCUCUCCGUAACCUAGGCGAAGCGCUCCUGCACACCCCUAUGGACCAGAUCCGGCCAAUACGGUUUCAGGACUUCCAGGCGAGCUUACUUUCUAUCCGUCCUAGUGUGAGCAGGGAAGGGUUACAAGAAUACGAAGAAUGGGCUAGACAGUUUGGAGAGCGGGGAGGAUAAUCUUUUUGGCUGUUCUAGCCUUAAUGUCACGGCUUUAUUUUGCUCGUCAUUUGUCUGGCGUAACCGGCUGCUAUGGGAUACAUGGUGUGCCAGGACAGGGGUAGGUUUUAUGUCUCAUGUUGGAUAACGAUACGGUAUGGUAUGGGUAUGAUAUGAAAUGUUCUGGUUCGGGCGGGGUGUUCUUUUUUUUUUCUUCUCUUGGGAAUGAAUGCAUUGCUUAUAGGUAUGGGGUAGGUUAGGUUAGGUCAUUUGGUAAGGGGCGCGUGUGUGUAUGUUUGCGUGUGUGUGUGGGAUGUCAGCGUUUCAUCCGGGUUCCAUCGAUCAGAAUUCAAAUCCAAGAAUCAAAAUUCAAAGCUCGAU